CGGCGGGCGGCGCUGCGGGGAGGAGGAGCGGUGGGAGCGUCAAUCCGGCCAGCCCCGGUCUCCGGCCGCCCAGGCCGCCCUCGCCCUUGGGGAUCCUUGGCUGCCCAGACGGAAGGAAAGUAGGCGCCGGAGAGCCCGCUCCGCAUUUUGAUUCAUCUCGGGCCCUAGAAGGAAUCCCAAGAAACUCAGAUGGCGUCCGGGGAUUUCUGCUCACCUGGAGAAGGAGUGGAAAUACUCCAGCAAGUGUGCAGCAAACAGCUUCCUCCUUGCAACCUGAGUGAAGAGGACCUGUUACAGAACCCGCACUUCAGCAAACUUCUGCUGAGUCUCUCACAGCAUGUGGACGAGAGUGGCUUAAGCCUCACCCUGGCAAAGGAGCAGGCUCAGGCAUGGAAGGAAGUUCGGCUACAUAAGACAACAUGGUUGAGGUCUGAGAUUUUACAGAGAGUCAUUCAAGAGCUGCUUGUGGACUACUAUGUGAAGACACAAGACACAAAUUUAACUUCUGAGGACAAAAAGUUUCAUGAGACCCUUGAACAGCGGCUACUCGUGACUGAACUGACACAGCUCUUAGGUCCUAGCCAGGAGAGGGAGAUGCCUCCGGUGCUCGGGCUGGAGAAGGCAGACCUUCUGGAGCUCAUGCCACCUUCAGAGGAUUUUGUGCGGAUGAGAGCUCAGCUCCCGCUAGAAGUGGAGGAACAGCUCAAGAAGAAAUGUUUUGCCCUUCUCUGCUACCAUGAUCCCAGUUCAGAUUCAGACAGUGAAACCCUGAAGGCAGCAAAGGUGUGGAAACUGGCAGAGGUCCUGCUGGGUGAGAAGCAGCAGUGCCAGGAUGCCAAGAGCCAGCAGAAGGAGCAGAUGGUGCUGCUGGAGAAGAAGAGUGCCACCUACUCCCAGGUGCUUCUCCGCUGCCUGGCCUUGCUGCAGAGGCUUCUUCAGGAGCACCGGCUGAAGACUCAGUCUGAGCUAGACCGCAUCAAUGCCCAGUACCUGGAGAUCAAGUGCAGUGCCAUGAUCCUUAAGCUGAGGAUGGAGGAGCUGAAGAUUCUGUCUGACACUUACACUGCCGAGAAAGUGGAAGUUCAUCGUCUCAUUAGGGACCGUUUGGAGGGGGCCAUUCGCCUCCAAGAGCAGGACAUGGAGAAGUCCCGACAGGUCCUGAACACCUAUGAGGUCCUCGGGGAGGAGUUCGACAGGCUGGUAAAAGAGUAUACCCAACUCAAGCAGGCAACUGAGAACAAGCGCUGGGCCCUCCAGGAGUUCAGCAAGGCCUACCGCUGAGCGCUGGCAGGGCCAGGAGGCACAGCUGCUGCAUGGGUGCUGCCUCCUUCUCUUCCUGCUAAUGGGACCACCUCCACCUGAGGCCACCGUCACUCUCAGGGGAGUGUGGGAACACUUGCUUGAAACACGGCAGUCCUUUAGGCAAUAUCCUGGUUUCUCUUCCUUGUUUACAAUGACGGAGUCUCUUCUGGAAAAUGUAGCUAGUUUAUAUAAUUUUGUGUACAGCUAUUUGUCAGUGUCAGCCCUGUAUUGUAGUUGAUUAUCUCUUGAAUAAAGUGAUGAUAUUGUGGCUUA